UCCAUCGAUCAAAAUUCAAAGCAUAGAAGUGGAGGAGAUGGCUACGCUGUGGAAACCUCCUUAUCCAAUUACCGUCUCCAGAUCUCCGGGCCAUCGGCGACGCUCGUGCUCCGGGCCGUCGACGACCCUCAAAGCUUCGGCGGAAGGAAGGGACGAUGCACCCUGUAGAACCACGUCGGCUUGGGGUACCCGGUUCUCGCUUGUGCUUGCUCUAGCUUCGCAGGCCUCGUCCGUCUCCCGACGGGUUUUAGUGGAGCUGGCGACGGAAACCGCGAAGUAUGCUUUACCCCGGAGGAACUUUGAAGCGAGGAAUCUGGAGGAGGCUCUGAUGUCAGUUCCGGAUCUCGAAACCGUCAAAUUUAGGGUUCUCAAACGGACGGAGGAAUACGAGAUUAGAGAAGUCGAGGUUCUCUUGCACCAACAGUUGGCAGUAGGAUUUCUUGAUUCUUUAAAACUUGGAAAGACUGGAUUUGAUUUCAAUGGUGCAUCUCAAUCUUUCAAUGUCCUGGCAUCAUACUUAUUUGGUAAGAAUAUUGCCAAUGAACAAAUGGAGAUGAGUACUCCUGUUUAUACUCGAAAAUCUCAGUCUGAUGGAGAGACAAUGGAUAUGACAACCCCUGUAAUCACCAAAAAGUCUCCCAAUGGAGAUAAAUGGACGAUGUCAUUUGUCAUGCCAUCCAAAUACGGUUCUAACUUGCCAGUACCAAAAGAUCAGUCAGUCAACAUCAAAGAAGUGCCAAGGAAAAUACUAGCUGUUACUGCUUUCUCAGGUUUCGUCACCGAUGAAGAUGUUAGAAGAAGAGAAUCUAAACUGCGUGAGGAUUUAAAGAGAGAAACUGACUUCCAGCUAAAAGUUGGUGCAUCAGUGGAGGUUGCACAGUUCAAUCCGCCAUUUACACUUCCUUUUACCCGCCGAAAUGAAAUAGCAAUUGAAGUCGAAAGGAAAAUCUAGUGAUUUUCUUUUUUAUCUUUUUGAAAAAGCAGGCAUUUGUAAAACACUAAUGGACAGCAUAUCGUCACAAAUGUAACAAAACCUAACCUCCUUGUAAGUAAGAAUUUACAGUUGUAAGUACCUUCACUUGGAUGAUAAAAAAAAUAUGCAUCUUCACUUGAAGAGACGAUCCUGGAAUUGACACUUCAAUUGCUAGUUAUAUUUCUCUAUUGUGUA